AUGGAUUUCCGUGGUCAUUGCUUCUCUACCGUUACUAUGCGGUAUGAAAAUUUAAAUCCACUUGGUUUGUUGCUGCAUGAAACCAAUGAAUUUAUUCCCGAAUUCGGCAGGGUUCGUGUAACCCGACGUCUUCUACGAUGGCUCCUACUCUUUGAAUGGUAUUUGGCAACACUUGACUGCAGACAAGUUAUCAAGGAUCCUCAAUGUACCCAAGUUCGGCCAGUUGACCAACGCAUGAAAGGAUUCAAGGAUGGUAUCAGCUGUCCCGUGGCUUUCUCUGCUGUUACAAAGGAAGUGAACAGUCACUGGAAUGAAUGUGGAAAGAGUACGUGGCCGAAAUGCACGCGACGUGUUCUAAGCAUUACCUGGUUGAUUCUUUCUAGAUGA